UGCCCGUAUAAAAUAUACUAAAAAUAAAAUCGAUAACAAGUUAAAUAAAUGAAUACAUAUUAGAAGGCGACCGAAACGAAAAAUGGCUUUUAUUUUGGCGCGUGCAGGGGGUACCUUAGUUGAAACAUUAGGCCCCAAAACAGUGGCAAAGAUCGUCAAAUACACUCCAGUUGGGCUGCAGCAGAUGAGGAACCUAAAUGUUCAGGAACAUGUCUCAUAUACGCUGCUCAACGAAAAUAACAUCCCGACGCCUCGUUUCGCUGUUGCGAAGAAUGGCAAAGAAGCCCAUGAUAUAGCCAAAAAACUGAAGACAGAUAAUCUGGUGCUUAAGGCCCAAGUUCUUGCUGGCGGACGUGGUAAAGGCACAUUUAAGAAUGGCCUUAAGGGCGGUGUUCGUGUUGUUUUCAAUCCGAAGUCAGCAGAGGAAAUUGCCUCGAAAAUGAUCGAUCAGCUGUUAAUCACAAAGCAAACCGGCGAAGCUGGUCGGAUCUGUAAGAAGGUAAUGGUUGCCGAGAGAAAGUUUCCACGUCGUGAAUUCUAUUUCGCUGUCAUGAUGGAGCGCGCUUUCAACGGGCCCGUACUAAUCGCGUCCAAGGAGGGUGGUGUUGAUAUCGAAGAAGUUGCCAAAGAGAAUCCCGAUGCCAUUCUUUAUGAGCCCAUUGAUAUUGUUAAGGGACUCACCAAAGAGCAGGCCUGCCGUAUCAUCGAAAAGGUCGGUCUAGGCGGUGAAUCUUCUGGCGAACACGUCGAAAUGCUCCUUAACCUCUAUAAGCUGUUUGUGCAGAAGGAUGCACUCUUGGUUGAGAUUAAUCCCUAUGCUGAAGAUGCCAUGACUGGCUGCUUCUUUGCCCUGGAUGCCAAAUUGCGUUUUGAUGACAACGCGGAAUUCCGUCAAAAGGAGCUAUUCAGCAUGCGGGACUGGACCCAGGAGGAUCCCAAAGAGGUGGAAGCUGCCAAAUACAAUCUGAAUUACAUUGCCCUAGAUGGCACCAUCGGCUGCAUGGUUAACGGUGCUGGCUUGGCCAUGGCCACCAUGGACAUUAUUAAAUUGUAUGGUGGUGAACCCGCCAACUUCCUUGAUGUUGGCGGUGGCGCCACAGCUGAGGCUGUUAAGGCGGCAUUCAAGAUUAUUACUUCAGACAAGAAGGUCAUGUGCUUGUUGGUUAAUAUUUUCGGUGGCAUUAUGCGUUGCGAUGUUAUUGCAGAGGGUAUUAUAUCCGCUGCAAAAGAUCUGAACCUUAACUUACCUAUUGUAGUGCGCUUGCAGGGUACUAAAGUAAAGGAGGCUCGUGAAUUGAUCCGUAAUUCAGGAUUGAAGAUCUUGGCCCGAGAUGAUUUGGACAAGGCCGCCGACAUGGCUGUGCAUAUGGCACAAAUUGUUUCCUUGGCUCGUGAAAUGAAUAUGGAUGUUAACUUUGAGAUUCCUGAUGCACAGAAGGAAAAGGAGGGGGGUAAAGGCGGCCAAAUAUGCAAAAAGAAAUAAACAGAACCACUCUGUCACUUAAAUACCCAAUUAAUAUUUCGAUGUCAAAAUUAAUUUAAAAAGCUAUCAAGAUGGAAUUCUGCGCAAGUAGUUGGCAAUGCAAGACUAAAAAAAUGCUUACCAUACACAGCACGUAGAAGUAAAAAGUCAGCGAUUGAAAGGAAUAUAUCACAUACAAACUCAAAGCCGAAACCAUAAUGUGACUAUAAUCUGUACGAACAUGGAAAAUUAGCUUGAGGCGAGAGCAUGCAAUCAAAACACGCUCAACUUCUGAAGCCCUGCACGCGUUGUCUAAAUUUUAAAACUAAAAAUAGGGAGAGAGUUACAUCAGAAUCGAUCGACUAAUGAAAGUAUAUGCGUCUGCUCCUGUUCUCGCCAUUCAGUGUCGCCGUCG